AUGAGUUUGUUUGCACUCGCUGGAACUGCAGUCUGCUCAGCUGUAAGCAGUCUCUAAACAACCUCCAUUUUAGGAGCUAAGUGACGCUGCAAUGAAGUGUUGAACCUUGUUUGCCUAGUGACUUGCAUUAAAUGGCGCAGCAUGACUUUGCUCCAGCUUGGCUUAAUUUUCCUACACCUUCACCCUCCACCAAGCCAUUUCUGUACGCCGAGAAGCGUUCAAGUUUAGGGCGGUCAGAAGGUGCUUUCAAUGUGAACAGACAGCGUCAUAAUUCUUCAGAAGCUUUUGACUCUUCCUUUGGCGGGAACCUUAAAAAAAGAGAAAAAAAUGUCUGGCGCCCCCAGAGCAGGUCUGCAGCAGAACCCACAUGGCAGCAUGAGGCCAGCCUCCAUCUUUAUAGUAGCAACUUCCAGAGUGUGAAUAGCCAGUUGCGCAGUGAGAGAAACACUUCUGAAUUCGACCUGACAAGAUCAUUGGAUCGAGAAGACUGCAAGACAUUUGAAGCUGAAGAUUUUUCUUUCCUAUAUCCUGAACAUGAGAGAGGAAAGAAACUGUUUACUGCGAGACUAUGGGAGUAUCCCAUGAAUGCUGGAUCCACAUCCCCUCAAAUGCUGGGUAUUAAGAAGGGCUUAAUGGAUGAUUUCUCUCUGUCUGGUUACUCUAUAGGAGUUGGUAACCAAAGCCUGCCAGAGAAGCACUGGGCAGGUAUCAAAAAGGAAGAGUGUAAAUCGCUAUCAAAAGAUAACAACAUCGGCAGUUUUUAUCAAGACUGUCCUCCUGAAAAUUACAUACCAAAUACUUCUCUACAUGCAGAACUGCUGUCUGUGGAUCCAUGCUCAUUGGAAGAGGAGGAAGAUACCCAUUUGAACAACAGAAAUGACUCUUGUCCUGAAAUGGACAGAAAUCUGAAUUUCGAUGAGAAUGAAAACUCCGAGGAUAAUGGCAACACCCUGAUUUCAGGACAGAUCUCUCCUGCUUAUGCCCAAGAUGGUGUCCUUUCUAGCUCUCAUGACCUUUUCUAA